CUAGGAAGCUAUUAUCUCGAUGAAGCGCGUGGCCAGCAAUAUUCCUGGCGUAACUCAACGGCAAUAUUAUCUCUGCGGCCCCUUCCAGGGCUUCUGCGCGAGCUCAUUCGAACGCUGGGCCCAGAUUUGCCGAGUUUGGAGCCGCUGCAGCCUUAGACCCAAAAUGACAGUCGAGCGCGACGCGUCGAAGCCAUGACGCGCACGCUCCAGCAUCAACUCGCGGAAGCGGACGCCGCCGCGCUGGAACGGACCAUGGCUUCGGGCGGCACGACGGUCGACGUCGACACGCUCGAUCGAGCGCUUUGGAAAGCGCUGAAACCGGCGCGCGCGCUGACCGGCCGGACACCGCGGCGUCAUCGCCGCAUGGCGACGCGUUCGCGCGCGCGGGCCGCCGACGUGUACGAAGAGCUGCUCGCGAAGUCGGAGGCACGCGACAACGCGGCGUCGAAGCGCGGCCGCUACCGCUGCUUGCUGCGCCUCGGGGACCUGCGGCGCUACGGCGGCGACGCGAAACGCGCCACGGCCUGGUACGAGCGCGCGCGGCGGGCGGAACCGGGUCGUGGAGAAGCAGAGAACGGUCUCGGGGCGGUCGCACAGGCCACUGGUCGGCCCGUGACGGCGGCAUACCUGUACUGGCGGGGAUCUCGUGCGGCGCGGCCGUUCAGACCGGCAGCGCGCAAUUUCAAGGCCAUGCUCGAGAUUCUGCGGGGCCGCGCCGAAGACGACGAGGCCGCCUCUAUCAUCGUCCUGGCGUUUGAUGGGGACGCGGCGGCGGCGUCUGCGCGCCUCGCAGACCUCCGGGCCCGGAAGGCGCUUAGCGCGUCGCGGUUGGCGGAGUGCGAGGCGCUGCUGGAGCAUGCUGCAAGGCGCGUGCAGUAGUUGUUUGUCUAACUUGUUAUUAACGU